GUUGUAAGAUGGGGCUCAAAGAGGAAAAAGUCUAGCAGCGAAGGAGUGGGGCGAAGUGUGAUUUGGGGAACAAAGCAAGGGCCUGGAGCUAUCUCCAUCUUCAGCCCCAGAGUCCUUGGUUUCUGUCUGAGAACAAAUGGCACAGCAUCCCUGGCAGGAUCAACAACGAAAGGCAGAAAUGGCCUCCAAGCAGCAGAGAAGCACAUCCAUAGAAGAGACAAUGAGACCACAGGAAAGACAGGUAACCAUUACUGAAACCUUGUGGGACCAGGUGCUGACAGCUUUUAAGAAUAUACAAAAGGAGCUGCAGGAAGAUGCUCGGAUUCGAGGGAUGAGCAACUGCUCCAUGACACCCAUGACAUCCGCACCCAGAACUGGAAGCAUAAAGCUUCCAGAUUCCUGCAUGACCCCAAAGUUGAGAAGAUUGCAGUUCAGCACUAGAGAGCAGCCAUCAGGAGAUCGUGUCCACCACGUGAAGAUGCAGCUCUCCAGUCAGUCAGCUUACUACCCUGGACCCUAACUGUAGAAUCAAGGAAGAAGGACAUCUCUGCUUCAGCCAGCACAGCUUCAGUUGCUGGAAAAGGGGAAGAUAUUAGGCAGACAUCAUCACUGAACCUAGAAGAGAGUGUGGUGCCCAUAAGUGGAGAUGCCAGGGUCUACGGCUAAAACUGGAAACUGAGAAAUCACAUGAGACCCAAUCACAUUCCAACCACCAAAGCAAAGAAACCAGCAUGCAAACAGCUGAUGAAAUAAAUGUGACGUA